AUGAAGGCUGAUGGCAAGAUACACCAUGGUACCAAAUUCAAUGAUUGUAUUAUCUUACCACCAGAUCAACGUUAUAGUAUCAAUUGUUUCAUUUUCAUUGUAUCAAUUCGUGAUUUCUUAGCUUUUCCAAGAAUUCAAUUUAUUGAUAAUAAAAUAAAAGAAGUACUUUCAUUAGGUAUUACACCAUUAUUAUGUAUAACUUUUACUGAUGCUUUUUCAAAUAGAAAAGUUAAAGAAAUAAUUAGAAAUAGUGGAAAUCAUUUAUCAUUCAAUGAACGUGACACUUUCAUCAUUAAAAACUAUAAAGAAAACGAAAUUUUUAAAGAUAUCUCAAAAGAAAUUCAAUAUCUUAGAUUAUUAACAAGAGCUUUUCAAUUAAGUAAAAAAUGA